AUGGCUCGCACUAAGCAGACAGCGCGUAAGUCAACUGGUGGCAAAGCUCCCAGGAAACAACUUGCUACUAAGGCUGCUCGGAAAUCAGCACCAUCGACGGGUGGGGUCAAAAAGCCUCAUCGCUACCGUCCAGGUACCGUUGCGCUUCGUGAGAUUCGACGUUACCAAAAGUCAACGGAGUUGCUGAUUCGCAAGCUGCCAUUCCAGCGCUUGGUUCGCGAGAUCGCUCAGGAUUUCAAAACCGAUCUUCGAUUUCAGUCAGCUGCGAUAGGUGCACUUCAAGUAAGCUACUUGAAUAUUGUCAAGGGAUUAAACAAUUUCCUCCGUUAA